AUGGAUCUCAACAAUAUAUACACUGAUUUGCUUGAAACAAUAAUAAACAAGCAACUACGCGACAUACUGUCAACCUCGUGUGAAUAUCAAUCAACACUAGCAUCAGUGGCAAGAACGUCAAAGCAGUUCAAUGUACUUGCCAACACAAGACUUUAUCGUGAGAUUGUGGUUUAUGACGACGAUAAUAAGUCUAUUGUGGAGAAUGACAAUUGCACCUAUAUUCAUAUCAACUGCUUUAACAAGUUUGUUGAAUCAUUAACACUCCUGAAUUUCCUCAAAAUACGGUCGAUAGAGUUGCAUUGUAAAUCAAACUUUAGCAAAUAUGAUUACUCGGCAUUGUAUGAAAAAUUGGGAGAUUUCUGGUCUCAUAAACAGCACAAUAUUGAAUUUAUAAAUUUUGACAUCGACAAUAUACGGAGAAACCAAACAAUUCUUCAGUAUUUGUGGAAAGAUUGUUGUGAAGUUAUGGAAGAGAAUGAUGAGGUCGAUUCUAUCGGCGGAUCAAAGCAAUCAAAAGUUUGGAACUUGACAAAUUGGUCUAUUCUUGGAGCCCAAGAGUUGAUUUCCUUACCCCUUUGGAGUCCAAACUUGAAAACAUUGGAUUUCUUCAUUGAAACAAUUAUUGGCGACGUCCAGUUCCCUACUCAAAGAGUGAAGAUGCCUAAUUUGGAGCAAUUAAACUUGAAUACAACCCUUUCAACCCAAUGCUUUUUGUCAUUGAAUCCAGAAGUUCCCAACUUGCAAAAGGUGUCAAUAUCAUACUCGCAUUCCUUCAAUAAACCAGCCAUAAACUUUAAUGACUACCAGAUGAUUAAUUUCAAUAAGCUUACCGAUUUGGAGUUGAAAUUUAAUUGCUUGCAUUCCGACUGUUCGUGUAUCAAUGAGUUUUAUCACAAAUUGUCGCAAAACAGCCAUUGCUUUACCAAAUUGAGAAAUCUUGCUAUAGUAAAUCACAACUCAAAAAACCAGCUGAGCAAUUUGGACCAGUAUACUUUCUUGUUGUCAAACCAGUUGUCCAAUUUGUUUAACAAAUUUACUGGCAUUGAGUAUAUUUACAUCCGUGUCAAUGAAUUUGUCAAGAACGACAGAAGCAAGAUUGAUUGGAAUAGCUUCAAUAGAGCUACACAUGUGUUGCUGCAUUUGCGCAAUUUGAUAAUAGCGGAUUUCUUCAACUGGUGGGCACCUUCCAUUCAAUUGACAAGGAACAUGAUAGUGAAUACGUGCAGCUGUCAAGAAUGCUACCAUGUCAAGUCAAUGUUUCAACAAUUGGCUGCACAUGACGAAGACAACCAUUAUACACAUAAUUUUGGCAAGUUUACGUACAACUCUACACAAGAAAUGCCAAAUAGCAUCGAUUUAGUGAAGAAAGGGAACUCAAAGUUUUUGUCGUACUUGAUCAACCACUACAAAUCCCAGUUUCAUGAGCUGAUUAUUUAUUCAAUGUCAGCAUCAUAUUUCAGAGAGCAUAACGAUCAACUACUCGCCCCUUUCAAGACUUUAUUCACACAUGGCCAAUUGAAGCAAUUGGCAAACUCAUUAAAAGGUGGUAACCCUUCAUUAAAGGUUAAUUUAGGAGGUAUCAUAAUUUAA